CGGGGAAGAAAGAAGCCGAGCGGGCGGAAGGCGCCCUCCCCGCCGCCUGGGCCCGGGCACCGGGUGCCGGGCCCGGGGUCCUUCCCGCCUCCCGCGGCUGCCGGCCGCUUUGUUUCCCCCGCCUUUGCGUUUCGGGCGACUGGAGAGGGGCUCCUGCCGGGGCUGCGCAGGGAACGCGGCGGCAGAAAGGGCGACCGACCGCGCCGGGACACGCAGGGACCCAGGAGUCCGGCCGCCGGGAGGGCCGCGUGACGAGAUCGAAGAGGGAGCCAGAGCUCUGCGGCCCCGGGUUGCAGGCCGGGGGCGCCCGUGAGCAGAGACCUCCCCGUCGAGGGGGGGCGAUGUUCCCCUCGCCGGUGGGCUUUUCUGGCAGCCAGGGCAUCCCGCCGUUGGGACCGGGGCCCCCUCAGUGGGCAUACCCUCAGGCUGCUCUAUGGAGACUCUGUGCCCCGCUGCCCGCCUGGCAGUGCCGGCGUCCCCACGAGGGUCGCCCUGCUCCCCUACACCCCGGAAGCCGCGUCGGGGGACCCAGGAGUUCUCUCCGCUGUGCCUGCGUGCCCUUGCCUUCUAUGCCCUUGCCAAACCCCGGGCGUCCUCUCUGGACCUGGGGCCUGGGGAGCUGGCGGCGCGGACACCCGUGCUGCUGGGCCCUCGCGCCCCCCUGUGCACUGGCGGCUGGGCCCCGGAUGGCCUGAAGCACCUUGGGGGACAGGCCGGGCGGUCCAGCGAUUCGAACUCCCCGGCCACCGAAGAUGCCGACGACGUCGCAGUGUACCCGGGCGCCGGAGAGGAGGAAGAGGGCGGAGGCAGUUUCCCGCACUUAGGCGCUCGCUCCUGUGCACCUCCGGGCCGCUGCCCCGCGCCCCGGCACUCUCGGGAAUCUACGACCAGCUUCGCCUCAUCCCCGCCUAGGCCAGCCCCGGGUCUCGAGUCCCAGCCUGGCCCAGCCGCCAGCCCACCUCAGGAGCCCAGUUCCCGGCCUCCGUCGCCACCUGUGGGCCUCUGCACCGAGCCCGCUGGUCCCCGGGCGGCGCCGGAGCCGUCCCUGCCGGGCCAGACAGCCACAGUCGAUGGAAACCUCCCGCCAGCCGCCCCCGAGGCACCAGCCGCUAGUCCCUCGACGGCCAGCACAGCUCCGGCCGCGCCAGGCGAUCUCCGCCAGGAACAUUUCGAUCGUCUGAUCCGCCGGUCUAAACUUUGGUGUUAUGCGAAGGGCUUCGCCCUGGACACUCCUAGUUUGCGUCGGGGGCCUGAGAGGCCGCCAGCGAAAGGGCCCGCCCGGGGAGCCGCCAAGAAGCGUCGGCGGCCAACGCCCCCUCAGCGCAGCGCGCAGCCCCGCCGUCCUGCGCCCACGCUCCCCACCACGAGCACGUUCAGCCUCCUCAACUGCUUCCCCUGCCCCCCGGCCCUGGUGGUGGGGGAGGACGGAGACUUAGGGCCGGCAUCCUCGCUUCGCCUCCAGGGAGACUCUAAGCCCCCGCCUGCCCAUCCGCUGUGGAGGUGGCAGAUGGGGGGUCCUGCUGUCCCUGAGCCCCCUGGCCUCAAAUUCUGGGGGAUCAACGUGUAGGGACUCUGAGCGUGGGACCUGUUCUGCCAAGGGGGAAAGUUGGGGCCAUGGCCAAAGUACCGACUCGAGAGAGCCCCAUUCCUCACGUUUGUCUGUCCCCUUCCUUUACGUUUUAUGGGCUGUGGACAGAGGGACUUCAAAUGACAGUGAUCUUCAAGCACCUAAGUGGUUGGGGUGAUAUUCCCGCCCCUCAUCCUUUGCAGAACCAAGGGCUGGAGUCAGGAGGCUUAACAGAAAAAAGCUGAAUGACACA